CCCUUUCGCAUCGAAGUCGUCUCCUGUUCUCUUUCACUCGCCAUUUUGUGUCUCUCGCUUUCUUUCUCGUCUUUCUAUAUCAAUAUCAAUGCUGGAUCCUUAACCUAUUCGACCCGUUCAUGUCUAGCACAAUGGAAACCCGUUUCAGAUCCGGUUUUUGUGUUUUCAUCAUUCUGCUGUGUGUGAGCUUUUCUGGGAUUGUUUCCGUUUGUGGCGAGAGUCGACGACCCAAAAACGUGCAGGUUGCUGUUCGGGCUAAGUGGGAGGGUACUCCUGUUUUAUUGGAAGCCGGUGAAUUGAUAUCUAAGGAGUGGAAAGAUCUGUAUUGGGAGUUCAUUGAAGUCUGGCUUCGUGCAGAGGAGAAUGAAUCUGACUCUCAUACAGCAAGAGGUUGCCUCACAAGAAUUGUGAAACAUGGACGGACACUAUUAAGUGAUCCACUGGCAUCACUUUUUGAGUUUUCUCUUAUUCUGAGAUCAGCAUCCCCAAGAUUGGUGCUUUACCGACAAUUAGCAGAGGAGUCUCUUUCUUCUUUCCCUCUUUCUGAUGAUGGUAUUUCAAACAAUGAUAGUGGAGGAAUUGCAGAAUCAAAUGAGGAAAAUGAAAGUAAAAGGUCAGAUCAUUUGCUUGUUGGUAUAAAUCCUAAGAGCCCAGGUGGAAAAUGUUGCUGGGUGGAUACUGGUGGAGCAUUGUUCUUUGAUGUUGCAGACUUGCUACUGUGGCUUCACAACCCCGCUAAACUUGCAGGAGACUCAUUUCAGCAGCCCGAACUAUUUGAUUUUGAUCACAUCCAUUUUGAUUCUCAUACUACAAGUCCAGUCGCUAUUCUGUAUGGAGCUCUUGGAAGUGAUUGUUUCAGGCAAUUUCAUGUGACACUGGUUGAAGCUGCUAGACAGGGGAGGAUAAAAUAUGUAGUUAGGCCAGUUUUACCGUCUGGAUGUGAAGAAAAAGUUGGCAAUUGUGGUGCUAUUGGUGCCAAGGACUCCUUAAAUUUGGGUGGUUAUGGCGUUGAACUUGCAUUGAAGAAUAUGGAAUAUAAGGCUAUGGAUGAUAGUGCUAUUAAGAAAGGUGUCACUUUGGAAGAUCCACGGACUGAAGAUCUUAGCCAAGAAGUUAGAGGGUUCAUUUUUUCCAAAAUACUGGAACGCAAACCUGAGUUUACAUCUGAGAUAAUGGCUUUCCGAGACUAUCUACUUUCAUCAACAAUCUCUGAUACACUUGAUGUUUGGGAACUAAAAGAUUUAGGACAUCAAACAGCACAAAGAAUAAUACAUGCCUCUGAUCCUUUGCAGUCAAUGCAGGAAAUCAAUCAAAAUUUUCCUAGUGUGGUUUCUUCUUUGUCUCGUACGAAGCUUAGUGAUUCAGUGAAAGAUGAAAUAACAGCAAACCAGCGAAUGAUUCCUCCGGGCAAGGCCUUAAUGGCUCUGAAUGGUGCUUUAAUCAAUAUCGAGGAUAUUGACCUCUAUCAGUUGGUAGACAUGGUCCAGCAGGAGCUGUUAUUGGCUGAUCAGUUUUCAAAACUGAAGGUUCCUCAUAGUGCGAUCCGGAAACUCUUGUCAACUAUGUCUCCUCAGGAGUCAAAUAUGUUCCGUGUUGAUUUUCGAUCAGCUUAUGUUCAUUAUCUCAAUAACUUGGAGGAGGAUGCUAUGUAUAAGAGAUGGCGAAGCAAUAUAAAUGAGAUUUUGAUGCCUGUCUUUCCUGGGCAACUACGGUACAUCCGCAAGAACUUGUUCCAUGCAGUUUAUGUUCUUGAUCCAGCCACCAGUUAUGGUCUUGAGUGCGUUGAUAUGAUUAUAUCCUUGUACGAGAACAACUUUCCGAUGAGAUUUGGGUUGAUUCUGUAUUCUUCAAAGUUUAUCAAGAAAGUUGAAGUGGGUGGUGGUGAUGUCCAUUUAUCUGCUGUGGAGAAUGAGAGUCAAAAGGAGGAUAUAUCUAGCUUGACCAUACGUCUUUUCAUUUAUAUCAAGGAAAACUAUGGAAUUAAAACAGCUUUCCAGUUUCUAGGCAAUAUAAAUAGGUUACGCAUGGAAUCAGCAGAGUCUGCAGAUGAUUCUCCUGAGAUGCAACAUGUGGAAGGAGCAUUUGUUGAAACAGUUCUACCAAAAGUGACGUCUCCACCUCAAGAUAUAUUGCUAAAACUGGAAAAGGAGAAAACUUAUAAUGAGUUGUCAGAAGAGAGCUCCAUGUCAGUUUUUAAGCUGGGUUUGUACAAACUGAAGACUUGUCUCUUGUUGAACGGUCUUGUUUUUGAUUCUAGUGAGGAUGCUCUUAUGAAUGCCAUGAAUGAUGAGCUUCCUAGAAUACAAGAGCAAGUUUACUAUGGACACAUCAAUUCUCAUACGGAUAUUUUAGACAAAUUUUUGUCAGAAAGCAGUAUUAGCCGCUAUAAUCCUCAAAUCGUUGCUGAAGGCAAGGCCAAACCCAGGUUUAUUUCCCUGAGUUCAUCAAUUCUUGAAGAGGAGUCUGUGAUUAACGAUAUUAGCUACUUGCAUUCUCCUGACACAAUAGAUGACUUGAAGCCAGUAACUCAACUUCUAGUUGUUGACAUCACAACAGUCAGAGGGAUAAAGUUGCUUCGUGAAGGAAUUCUUUAUCUGAUUCGUGGGUCAAAAGUUGGUCGAUUGGGUGUUAUAUUCAGUGCCGACCAUGAUGCUGAUUUACCUGCUCUUCUUUUCAUGAAGGCUUUUGAAAUUACUGUGUCAUCUUAUAGUCAUAAAAAGAGUGUGCUGAACUUUUUGGAUCAUCUGUGCUUGUUCUAUGAGCAAAAUUACAUCCUUGCACCUUCUGUAGCAGCUGAAAGCAUAGCAUUUACAGACAAGGUCUAUGAGCUGGCUGUAGCAAAUGAACUGUCACUGAAGGCCUACAAAUCUGAUCUUCCUGAAUUUUCUGUUGACAUAAUGAGAAAACGUUUGAAUAAGGUUGUGCAAUUUUUGUACAGGCAACUAGGGCUUGAGGCAGGUGUUAAUGCAGUAAUUACUAAUGGAAGGGUGACAGUUCUGAAUAAUGAAGAGACCUUUUUGACGCAUGAUCUAAAUCUGCUGGAGUCUGUGGAAUUUAAGCAAAGAAUAAAGCACAUAGCAGAAAUUAUUGAAGAAGUACAAUGGCAGGACAUAGAUCCAGAUGUGCUAACAAGCAAAUUUGUUAGUGACAUUGUUAUGUCUGUUUCAUCUUCAAUGGCUUUGAGGGAUCGAAGUUCUGAAAGUGCUCGUUUUGAGAUUUUGAGUGCAGAACAUAGUGCUGUUAUUGUAGAAAAUGAAAAUUCCACUGUUCAUGUUGAUGCUGUAGUUGAUCCUUUAAGUCCAAUUGGUCAGAAGGUAGCCGCACUGCUUAGAGUUCUAAGGCAAUAUAUUCAACCAAGCAUGAGAAUUGUACUAAACCCUAUGAGUUCUCUUGUUGAUCUUCCUUUGAAGAAUUUCUACAGAUAUGUAAUACCGACCAUGGAUGACUUCAGCAGUAUUGAUUACACAGUCAAUGGCCCUAAAGCUUUUUUUGCAAAUAUGCCACUUUCAAAAACGCUUACCAUGAAUCUUGAUGUUCCUGACCCAUGGCUUGUUGAGCCUACUAUUGCUGUCCAUGACUUGGAUAACAUUUUACUUGAGAACUUGGGAGACACAAGGACAUUGCAGGCAGUAUUUGAACUUGAAGCUCUUGUUCUUACUGGUCAUUGUUCUGAGAAAGAUCAAGAUCCUCCUCGAGGCCUUCAGCUGAUUCUUGGAACUAAGAGUAUGCCCCACUUAGUUGAUACUAUUGUGAUGGCCAAUUUGGGUUAUUGGCAAAUGAAAGUCUCUCCUGGAGUAUGGUACCUUCAACUUGCUCCAGGUCGAAGCUCUGAUCUUUAUGUUCUGAAGGAAGAUGGAGGUGGAAGCCUUGACAAAAUUUUGUCAAAACGUAUCACCAUAAAUGAUUUAAGGGGAAAAGUAGUUCAUUUGGAAGUGGCAAAGAAAAAAGGCAUGGAGCAUGAGAAAUUGCUGGUUUCUAGUGAUGAUGAUAACCAUUCUCAUAGGAAAAAAAGAGGUACUCAUAAUCACUGGAACUCUAACCUUUUGAAAUGGGCUGCUGGUUUUAUCGGUGGUAGUGGACAAGCCAAGAAGGAUGAGAACACAUUAACGGAGCGUAGGAAGGGUGGCCGGCAAGGAAAGCCAAUUAAUAUUUUUUCUAUUGCUUCUGGACAUCUAUAUGAGCGGUUCCUGAAAAUCAUGAUUCUAAGUGUCUUGAAGAAUACCCAUCGUCCUGUAAAAUUUUGGUUUAUAAAGAAUUACCUUUCUCCUCAAUUUAAGGAUGUGAUUCCACACAUGGCACAAGAAUAUGGUUUUGAAUAUGAACUUAUCACCUAUAAAUGGCCUUCUUGGUUGCAUAAGCAGAAGGAAAAACAACGAAUUAUUUGGGCUUAUAAAAUUUUAUUCCUUGAUGUUAUCUUUCCUCUCUCUUUGGAGAAGGUUAUAUUUGUUGAUGCGGAUCAGGUUGUUCGAGCAGACAUGGGAGAGCUGUAUGACAUGGACAUAAAAGGAAGACCUCUUGCAUAUACACCUUUCUGUGACAACAACAGGGAUAUGGAUGGAUAUCGAUUUUGGAGACAAGGUUUCUGGAAAGAACAUUUACGGGGGAAACCUUACCAUAUAAGUGCCUUAUAUGUUGUUGAUUUGGUGAAAUUCCGAGAAACUGCAGCUGGGGAUAAUCUUAGGGUCUUCUAUGAAACUCUCAGCAAGGAUCCAAAUAGUCUUUCCAAUCUGGAUCAAGAUCUGCCGAAUUAUGCUCAGCAUAACGUACCCAUCUUUUCGCUCCCCCAAGAAUGGUUGUGGUGUGAAUCAUGGUGUGGUAAUGCCACAAAAUCCAAGGCAAAAACUAUUGAUCUUUGCAACAAUCCAAUGACAAAGGAACCCAAGCUUCAGGGUGCAAAAAGAAUAGUUUCUGAAUGGGUAGAUCUAGACUCGGAGGCAAGACAAUUCACUGCAAAAAUCUUAGGUGAUGAAGUGGAUCCUCAAGAGCCUGCAUCUCCCAAUGCAUCACAGACCUCGGUGACAGAUGACUUAUCGACAGAAGACAAGGAAUCCAGGGCAGAAUUGUGAUAGACAUAUACAUAAUUUCAGCUGCAGUUCAUGAGCACAAUCUUUCUUAGAGGUUAGGCUUAUCACUUAUCAGAUACAUCUUCCCUUUGAAAACUUACCAUAUUAACCAGAAAUGUGGAUGGUAAGGAGAAAUUUUGGGCGAUUUUUCUUGCAAGUGUAAAACCAAGCUAGUUAUAACAGAUAUUGCUGCAACUACAUAUUGGUUUAUCAACACAGUAGUACUUGUAAUACUAACUGAUGAAAUCUGUAGAACUGAAUAGCUUCCACCAUUAUUCUGAUCUGCCCUUGGUUCUAAAAAGCCAGUAGAGUAGAUGCCUGAGUUUUGGAAGAGAGAUUCUAUUUAUAGCUAAAUUAAGUGCAAUUGAGGAUUUUGUUGGGUGUACAAUGCAAGGAUGACAAUAGUGAAAGCCAGAACCUGAUUCUCUUUUAUAAUGGCUUUUUGUUGAGAAUUAGUACCA